UUGCCAUCAGUAAAAGCUGAACAAGUUCGGUUUGAAGUACUUAUAUGCAUAACUUCGCAUUUUAGACUCGUUCCAGUGAAAGGGAAACGAAAUAUUUUGGUCACUUCCGCUCUUCCGUAUGUGAAUAACGUGCCGCAUUUGGGUAAUAUUAUUGGAUGCGUUUUGAGCGCUGAUGUGUUCGCAAGGUAUUGCCGCCUACGCGGACACGAAACCUUGUACAUCUGCGGGACUGACGAAUAUGGAACAGCUACGGAAACAAAGGCCUUAGCGGAAGGUGUGACACCUCGAGAGGUUUGUGACAAAUAUCACGUCAUUCACAAAGAGAUCUAUGAGUGGUUCAAUAUAGAAUUUGAUAUCUUUGGUCGAACGACUACACCGCAGCAAACUGAGAUUGCGCAGGACAUUUUCUUAAAGUUGUAUGAGAAUGGGUUUACAUCGACUUCCUCCAUCGACCAGUUACAUUGUCAGAAUUGUGACAAGUUUUUGGCUGACCGAUUCGUCACCGGUGCCUGCCCAUUUUGUGCCUAUGACGACGCUCGUGGUGACCAGUGUGACGGAUGUAGUCGCCUUAUUAACGCCGUUGAGUUGAAGAACCCAAAAUGCCACAUCUGCAAGCAGGAACCCAAAGAAAGUAUAUUGUCAACACACAUCUUCCUACAUCUGGAUGCUAUACAGGAUGAGGUGCGUGAAUAUAUCGAAAAGGAGAUUGCGAAACCGGAUACACGUUGGUCCUCGAACGCUAUUGCCAUUGUAAAGGGAUGGAUCAAGCAUGGUUUGGAGAAAAGGUGUAUAACUCGUGAUUUGAAGUGGGGUACAGCAGUGCCACUUGCAGGAUUUGAAAAUAAAGUGUUUUACGUAUGGUACGAUGCUCCCAUAGGGUAUCUUUCGAUCACAAAAUGUCUUGUUGGGGAUAAUUGGACCAAAUGGUGGAAAAAUCCCGAAAAUGUCGAACUAUUCAAUUUUAUUGGCAAGGAUAACGUUGCAUUUCAUGGGGUAAUGUUUCCUUGCACUCAAUUUGGUGCACGAGAUAAUUACACAGUAGUGAAUAAUAUUUGUGCUACGGAGUACUUAAAUUACGAGGACGUCAAAUUUAGCAAAUCAAGAAAUAUUGGUGUGUUCGGUGAUAAUGCAAAGGAAACGGGUAUUGAAGCUGAUGUCUGGAGGUUUUACUUGCUUUAUAUAAGACCGGAGUCGCAAGACACAUCGUUUAGCUGGGAGGACUUUGCUUUCAAGGUGAAUUCUGAGUUACUUGCAAACCUUGGAAAUUUCAUAAAUCGAGCACUUACCUUCCUUAGCAAAAAUUUUGAUGGUGUAGUGCCAGAAAUGCAGCUCAGUGACAUCGAUGUGAUAUCUGUUAUAUAUAUACAUAUAUAUAAUUCUUUUUCUCACAAUUGUAACAGGAAAUUUAAGUGGGAUAAGAUGAUGGAUUCAGUUCAUCAGAGAGACGCAGUGCGUGCCAUUUUGUCAAUGUCUCGCAGGGGUAACCAGUACAUGCAGACUCAACAACCAUGGGUGCUUAUUAAAGGGAGUGACGAAGAGAAGUAUUUUGCAUUCUUCGUUUUUAACUUCCACCAUCGACUUGUGACUUUCCAGGAGACCGGUAUUUCAUAUGCUUUAUUGAGUUCGAAUGUAUCAGCGAGAAUACGAUCACAGUGUGGAUCAGAUCGCUUGCCAGCUUUUUCCACUUAUCCUAUCUCAUAUUUAAAAGCGGGUCAUAGAAUUGGGGAGCCGAAACCUCUGUUCACCAAAAUGGAGAGUGCAAAAGUUGCUGAAUGGAAAGCCAAAUUUGGCGGAUCAUGUUCCUCUAGCAGUUUUCACGAGAGUGAAGAUGCACCUACUGAUGACACCAUUGAUAUCGGUCGUCUUGAUCUCCGUGUCGGUCGUAUUAUCAAUUGUGAGAAACAUCCGGAUGCUGACGCACUGUAUGUUGAACAAAUUGACGUUGGUGAAUCGAAGCCUCGAACUGUAGUGUCAGGGUUGGUUCACCAUGUCCCCCUUAAUCAGAUGCAAAAUCGGCUUGUCGUGGUUUUGUGCAACUUGAAACCAGCUAAAAUGCGGGGAGUUGAGUCAAGAGCAAUGGUUAUGUGCGCUUCUUCUCCCGAAAAGGUUGAAAUCAUGGAAGUGGAUCCCUCAGCUCAACCAGGCACACCUGUUAUUUGUCCACCCUAUUUGCACAGGCCAGAUGUUCAGUUGAAUCCAAAGAAAAAGAUUUGGGAAACUAUAGCGCAAGAUUUGAAAGUGAACGAGGAUGGAUACGCUGUUUGGCGUGACACUCUUCUUUUGGUUGGUGGUUCCACAAAGAUGACCGCACCGACGUUACGUGGUGUUUUUGUGAAAUGA